CAGCCGACUACUUGCCACUGCCACCUCACACGGCUCGCACGGCUCGCACAGCUCGCACGGCGGUCGUCAGCCAUGGCGCGUAACGAGGAGAAGGCGAACGCCGUGCUGAAUCGCUUCUGGGCGGCGAAGCAGGACGAGAAGCGCAAGCCGCGGGAGAAGCGCCCGUUCCUCGCGUCCGAAUGCCGCGACCUAUCAGACGCUGACAAGUGGCGCCAGCAGAUCCUCCGCGAGAUCGGGCGGCGAGUAACCGAGAUCCAGAACCCAGGGCUAGGCGAGCACCGUCUUAAAGAUCUUAACGACGAGAUUAAUAAGCUCAUACGGGAGAAAGGCCACUGGGAGAAGCGUAUAGUGGAGCUCGGAGGUCCGAACUACGCGAAACAAGGGCCCAAGAUAACUGACGCGGACGGUAAAGAAGUCGGCGAUGGAGACGACGAGCUGCCGGCCGGCUCGGCGACUGGCAAGGGGCUUGGUUACCGUUACUUCGGCGCGGCGAAGAACCUGCCGGGCGUUCGCGAGCUGUUCGAGAAGCCGACGGCGCCGACUAAGAAACGGAACCGGUACGAGCUUUAUAAGCGUAUCGAUAUGGACUAUUACGGGUACAGGGACGAGGAGGACGGGAUCUUAGUGCGACUCGAGACAGAAGCCGAGCGGGAGAUUAUAACGAAGGCGGUGAGCGAGUGGGAGGCGCUCGAAGCAGUUAAAGCCGAGGCGCGCCGCGCCGUGAAAAGCGGAGAGGAAGCUUCGAUCCGCGUUCAGACGGAUCUGUUAGACGAGCUUGGCGCUCCGAUCGAGACCCGGGAAUCGCGGGAGCGGCGCGGGAUCGCCGCGCAGGAGGGAAUCGGCGCGGAAGGAGAGGAAGAGAGAGACGAGGAGGAAACGGAGGAGGCGUAUCGCGAGCGAGCAGACGCGCGGGCGCGGCGCGAGGAAGCGGCGUUAGACGCGGCGGAAGAGGCGGCGCUGGAUGCGGUGGGCGGGCGGCGAUUCGUGGCGCACGUGCCGCUGCCGGACGAGAAGGAGAUCGAGCGCAUGGUGGUGGCGAAGAAGAAGGCGGAGCUAUUAAGUAAGUAUGCGAGCGAGGCGCUGGUGCAGGAGGAGGAGGAGGCUAAGGAGCUGCUGAACAUUAAGAGAUGAUGAUGGGGAUGACGUCAGGCUUAAGUAGAUGCGCAGGCUGACUUACAGGAGGAGGCGGGGUCCUGAAUUUUGUAUGCGAGCGAGCGAGCGAGGAGUGGGAGCAGGAGGAGGAGGAGGAGGAGGCGAAGGAGCUGCCGAAUAUUUGGUGGGGAGGAUGGUGGGGUGGUGCCAUGUACAAGUGACAAUGGGCGGGCUGAGUUACAGGAGGAGGCAGCAUGUUAGGGAGGAGCGAGCGGGUGCAGGAGGAGGAGGAGGAGGAGGAGGUGAAGGAGCUGCCAAAUGUCUGGCAGUGAUGAUAAGGAUAAUGGUUGUGGUGAUAAGGAUAAUGGUUGUGGUGAUCCGAGGCGUGGGCAGAUAUGCAAGCCGACCUGCAGGUGAGGUGGAGCUGGUGCAGCGGCAGCAGCAGCAGUAGCAGCAGGAGGAGGAGGGGGGGGGGGGGAUUAGUUUGUAGGCCAAGGAGAAGGCGGGGCUUGCUGAUUUUUUAGGCGCCUCGAAAACAGGCUGACCUGCAGGAGGGGGGGGGAGAUGAGUAGGGGGAGGCGGAGCUGGUGCAAGAGGAGGGGUAGGAGGGGGAUCAGUAGGCCAAGAAGAAGUUGGGGCUGCUGACUAUCAUGAAGAGGUGAUGAUGCGGCGAAUCAGACAGCUAGUGGAGGAGGGGGGAGAGGGGGGGGGGGGGGUGGAGAAGGCGGGGCUGCUGCGAUGAAGAGGUGAUGGUGAUGGUGAUGGUGAUGGUGAUGGUGAUGGUGAUGGUGAUGGUGAUGGUGAUGGUGAUGACGACGCCAGAAGAUGCGGCGAAACAGACAACUAGGGGAGAAGGGAGAGGAGGCUAAGGAGCUGGUGGCUGUUAUGAAGCUGACGUGGCAGCCAUGAAGCAGGGAGAGACGGACUAGGAAAGGGGGGAAAGUGGAUGGAUGGUGCUGGGCUGGGAAAUGAACAGCUAAGCACCAUCCAGAACAGAGAUGAAGACUCUAGCUGUGAUUUUUGGAGGGUCCUGAUUGAAACGCUAGCUUGGAAUGGCUGCUGCUGCCAUAUGUAGCCCUGUGCUGUGUGAGGCUGCUUUAUCCUGGAUUGGGAAACACUCUUGCCCUUCCGGGACCUACCUACCAAUGUGUGCGCUCUGUGUGAGGUGCUCCAGUCUAAGCUUUGGUUGGGAAGAGCCAGACGGGCUGUGGUUGUGGGAGUCUGGUUGGAAGCUCUUUCUGCUUGGCAAUCUGCUGCGUUUAGCUGAGUUUCCUGCUGUUCGUUGCAAUGGGGGUGAGAGAGCUUGCAGAAUUGAGG